AUGGCACCGACCCGGGGGCCCAGAGUCAAGAAGGUGAGGAAACUGAGCCUCCGAGUCAGCAGACUAGUUCAGGCUCAUAGAUCGGGUCCAGGUGGAGCAGCCCACCUGCACCCGCAGCUCUUCUAUUCAACUGUCCCAGAGUGCGUUCCUCUCACGUUUGAGGAAAAGCGGUUGUCUGAACCCCCCAAGCCUCGUACUGGCCUGAAACCGGUCCCGGACGCGGAGACCUCAGACCCGCAGCGGGGUGGAGGGAAGAUGGAGAAGGACGGUGGCCUGGUGUUUAGCCUCAGGGCCACCACGUCUAAUGGCCUUUUGGAACGUCUGGAUAGUGGGGAGGUUGUGGUUGGAGAUGGCAGCUUUCUCCUAACCCUGGAGAAGAGGGGCUACGUGAAGGCUGGGCUCUGGACUCCAGAAGCCGUGGUAGAGCACCCACACGCAGUUCGUCAGCUUCACAUGGAAUUCUUGAGGGCAGGAUCAGAUGUCAUGCAGACUUUCACCUUUUCUGCCAGUGAAGACAAUAUGGAAAGUCAGUGGGAAGCUGUAAACACCGCUGCCUGUGACCUCGCCAGAGAAGUAGCCGACAAAGGGGAUGCUUUGGUAGCAGGGGGGAUCUGCCAGACAUCGUUGUACGCGCACCACAAGGAUGAAGUUAGAAUUAAAAAGCUUUUUCGACUACAGCUAGAGAUUUUUGCCAGGAAAAAUGUAGAUUUCUUGAUUGCAGAGUAUUUUGAACAUGCUGUAGAAGCUGUGUGGGCUGUAGAAGUCUUAAAAGAAUCUGGAAAGCCUGUGGCAGCCACUAUGUGCAUAGGCCCAGAGGGAGACAUGUAUGGUAUAACACCUGGAGAAUGUGCUGUGAAGCUGGUGAAGGCAGGGGCUUCAGUUGUUGGUGUGAACUGCCAAUUUGGGCCCUGGACCAGCCUGAAGACCAUGAGCCUCAUGAAGGAAGCCCUACAGGCUGCAGGGCUGAAAGCACAUUUGAUGGUGCAGUCCCUGGGGUUCCACAUGCCCGACUGUGGCAAAGGAGGGUUUCUGGAUCUCCCUGAAUAUCCCUUUGCACUGGAGCCCAGAGUUGCAACCAGAUGGGAUAUUCAAAAGUAUGCCAGAGAAGCCUACAACCUGGGGGUCAGGUACAUAGGCGGGUGCUGUGGCUUUGAGCCUUAUCACAUCAGAGCGAUUGCAGAGGAGCUGGCCCCGGAGAGGGGAUUUUUGCCACCAGCUUCAGAAAAACAUGGCAGCUGGGGAAGUGGUCUCAAUACACACACCAAACCCUGGAUUAGAGCCAGGGCUAGAAGGGACUAUUGGGAGAAUCUGCGGCCGGCUUCUGGUAGACCUCUCUGUCCUUCACUGUCAAAGCCAGAUGCCUAA